UUUGGAGUGCGUCAGUGCGCUGGGAGGAGGAGUGGCUCCGAGCUCCUUUUUUCAAGAGAUGCAGUAACGUUUGAUCCUGAGAGGGUUUCUGCAGACAUGGAGCUUCUACCACUUCUGUCUCUGAGCUUCUGUUUCCUGACUUUGUCCGGACUGACGUUUGGUGCUGAAUCCGGACCACCUGACACCAGAGUGAUUGUGAUGGAAGAUGAUGAUGUCAUUUUACCCUGCUCCCUCAGCACCAAUCAGAACAUUGAGAAAGAACUAUUUGUCUGGAAGAAGGAAGGAACAGUUCCUCUAAAGGUGGUGUUCAUGUUUGAUGCCGGCACAUAUAGCAGAGGUCAAGAUGAUGAAUUCAGCGGUCGAGUCUCACAUUUUCCAGAACAGCUGAAGUACGGCAACACCUCCAUAAGAAUGAGUAAAACUAAGCUGGAGGACAGAGGAAUUUAUACCUGUAGUUUUCCAGUGAUGCAGCCCAGUGUAAAAACAUCACGCAUUGAGCUUGUUGUUGAGCCCGUAUUAAAGGUCCGAAACGUCCCAGGUGCAGCUCAAGAGCCUUAUGUUACAAAUUGUGAUCAUACAAAUGACUGGGCGCUGCUUCAGUGUGAUGUUAAGAAUGCUUACCCCAAACCUACAGUGGAGUGGCAGGACAGUAAGAAUCAAAUCAUUCCUUCUGGGAAGCCACAGGUCUCUAAAACAGGAGAUCGCUUCCACAUCACCCUCAAUACUACUGUGAAAAAAACUGACCGCUAUCGCUGUGUCGCCACACAGAAGGAAAUCAACCAUCAGGCACAUACGAAUAUCUAUGUAUAUUUUAGAGGUGACCGAUCUGGGACUGGGAUGAUGAGAGCUACUAUUGUUUCAAUUAUUUUUGGAAUAAUUGGAAUAGUUGUUGUUUAAUUUUACUCAAAGCUCAAGCAAAUCGAAUGGGAUCAAAAGCACCAGGAGGGUCUGACAGAUGAGUGUUAUAGUUUAUCUAAUUAUCUUAAAAAAUAGACCACGCAGACAAGUCUCUCCAGUUCUGAAAUUCUCCUGAUGUUGUCUGAAGCAAAGGAUGGAAGAAAAGCUCCAUGUCACACAUCUCCAUCCAGUUCUAUUUUGGGGAUUUAAGUCAGCUGCUUCAGUGUGAGUUUGCAUGGGUGUAUGUGUCCAUGUCUUUUAUCCAGAAUGUUUAACUCAUGUGUUAUAGAGAACUCUUUAUUUCCUGGACAAAUUUCAUGAAGAAUUAAAAAUUGUUCCAGAGCUGUUUAAUGCAAGUUGUCUUAUUUUAAUUUGACAUUUUAUAAAAGUAAUGUGAUGAUGAAUCAGGAUCAUAUAAUAAGUUACAACAGUAAAACAAGAUUGUCUGCCUCUCUGUGUUAGCUUAAUGGUUGUGGGAUACAGCAAAUUUUGAUUUUGAUCCAAUACUAAGUCAUUACAGGGUCAGUAUUACUAAUACUGAUACUUAUAACUUACAAAUGCAGCCUAUGUAGGGAGAGCAUUGUGUCGUCAUUGAUUAACUGAAUCAUCAUCAGUUUGCAAAGAGCAUUAAAUCACUGUUUUGAAUUUCUUUGAAUUUUGAAAGAAAAGGUUGAAAUUCAGCCUUUCAAUGAAUUACACUGCAUUUGCAUAACAGUUCAUUGCCAUCGGUAUUUGAUUAUGUGUGAAUGAAUAUCUGAAGGUGAAUUGUGAACAUGUUAAAUAAAAAUGCUCAGUGACUGAAAUACAUUCAGCAGCUCACACUGAAUCAGGUGACUUAAACUGAUAAAACACAGGUGAACUUAGCCCUGAAACUGCUCUAAAUGUAGGUGAACCUGUAUAAUGUGCCUCCUUUAGUAUGCAUAUCGCUUUGCUAUUAUCUUAAAUGAGCCUGUAUGCGUAUUGUGUGUAUUGUGACUCAGAGUGACUGGGUGAUGUGGAGAUGGGGAGUGGGUGGGUUGCAUAAUUGAGAGUCUAGAAGGGAGAAUACAGAGCGCACAGAUUUAAAUCAUGCAAGCUCAUUGGCUUAAAGAUAGUGUGCAAGAAGAUGAUUGGACUAGAGUAAUGAUGUCAGUAUUGACAGAAAGUGGUAGUGGUCAGACUAGCAGCUGAACACAGUGAUUACAAAGAUGAGUGAUUACAGAACUUCCUUAUUGAACUUGCACAUAUGCUGCUGAUGGAUGAUACUGCAAUUGUACUGUAAGUGUGUUUCUGCUGUAACUGAUGAUUGUGCAUUAUAAACUUAUUUCACAAAGUGCUUAAAGAUUUCUGCAAGUGUACAAAAACAUGAAAAUAAACUCUUGUGACUUUUGUAUGUCCUUGUGU